AUGUCAGGACAAACGUACUUCAUCACUGGAACCAAUCGUGGUAUUGGGUUAGAGCUAGUCAAACAACUAUUACAAGACCCUUCAAAUCAUGUCAUUGCAACAUUGCGUCGUGUUGAUGAUAUUCCUGAGUCAACCGUUACAAAGAACCCCAAAUUAACAAUUCUAAGAUUGGAUUAUAAUAUGGAUGACCCAGAAACCCAAUAUAAUGCUCUAUCACAGGAAUUGGCAGCAUUGGAUGUUGGGAUUGAUGUCUUUAUUGCUAAUGCUGCUAAAAACGAUGCAACUACAAAUGUAUUGGAUUCUUCAAUUGAACAAUAUUUGAAUUUUUUCAGAAUAAACACUUUAGGUCCAGUUCAAACUUUCAAAAUUUUGAAACCUUUCAUGUUAAAGAAGAAAACAAGAAAAGUUGUAUUCACUUCAAGUAUUUUAGGCUCAAUUGGUGGGUUCCCUGAUUUCUUAUCAAAACAUUAUCCUUGUGCUCCAUAUAGUUUAUCAAAAGCCGGAUUAAAUUUAUUGGGUAAAGAAUUGAGUUUUGAAUUAGCAAAUGAAGGUUUCAUUGUUAUCAAUUAUCACCCUGGAUUGAUCAACACCGGUAAAAAAGAUGAGUUCCCAAAUGAUGAUUAUAAUGCCCUUAAACAGGAUUUCAAACCUGAUCAAACAAUAUUGGAUUUUGUUGUCAAGAACACUCUUAGUGUCCAGGAAGGUGUAUCCAGAGAAUUGAAAAUUAUCAAGGGAUUAACAGCUAGUGAUAAUGGGAAAUUCCUUGCACAUGAUGGAAGUGAAGUGGAAUAUUGA